CCCUGCCUGGUUCGAGAAAGGUUUGUCCGCCAAACACAAGCAGUCUACAUAAAGCUAGACAGCAACCUGCUUAGUAAAGAGCUGAAAGAGAGUCUCACAAUUUUGAUCUGGAGGAUCAACAAAUAAAGCAGCCGUCAAGUUCUAGAACACCACUGCAUCAUGUCAUCUGCGGUAGCAGCCAAUCCCACCUCAAGAGCCACACCAAAGAUACAACUCGUCUCUGAUGACUUUUUUGUGGUCAAGAAGUCCGGACUCUCCCAGGCUCAGGCUUUGACUGCCUACUUGGGUGGUUCUGCCUUUCAAACUGUCAUGGAUAAUCCUGUAACUGCUUACCGUCAAUUGGUGCAACAGUAUGCCAAGGAUCUCAAUGGAAAACCAGUUGACCCCAGAGUUGCCUCUGAAGAAGCCAAGGCAGUCUUCAGGGCUCACCCUGUUGGUGCCAGUCUGAGUGGUGUUGGACCUCGUUUGGUGGGUGUUGGUUUCAAGCGUAUCCCCAAGUUUGGCAUCCUUUUGGGAUUUUCCUUCUUCUUGGGUGAGGGAGAGAAUCCAGGAAUGGUUGCUGCCACUGCUGCCUCCAUUCUGUCUGCCCCCUUUAUUAAUCCUAUUCGCAUGAUUGAGAAGCAACAGCGUGCUUAUUUCAAGCAAACUGGAGGGACCAAGAAGAUUAGUGAGAUUUUGAAGGAGUCUGCUGCCAAGAAUUUCACCCCUCUUUUCCGUGGAACUGUUCCCUUGAUGGGCCAUUCCCUGGCCAGUGCCCUUCUUGGUCUUGUGGGACAACCCAGGUUGCAAAAGUACAUUCAAAAGGAGCUUGGUGACAAGACAAGCAUGGGAAGGGCUGCCACUGGCUUGGUUGCCAGUUCUAUUGUGUCUCCCAUUUAUGUUGUUGUGACAAACCCCCUGAGCCGUUUGGAAGUUAUUAUGCAAACCAACUCCAUUUCUGGCAAGUCUAUUGGCCCUAUGGAAGCAGUGAGAGAGAUGGUUCGUGACUCUGCUCAGUUUGGUCUUCGGGGAGUUUUCCGUGGACAAGGAAUUGGAAUUGCCAAGGCUGUCAUUUCUUUGACCUUGUUCCAUGAAGGACGCCAUUUCCUGCAGGAUGCCUUCAAGGCCCACAACAUCAAGAAUGGAAACUUUGAAGAGCGUUGAUGAUGAAGGGAAUAAGAGAAUUGUGGUGGCUGUCCUUUGCAAAAGUUGUUCAU